UUUUCUGGGUUUCGAUCAGAAAAUCCACAUUUUAUUUUGAUGUGAUUAUUUUGCAAUUUAACUAAACAGAUAGCAAACUAGCAAUGCCCGAACAGCAAAUUCCGGCUGAAGAUAGACCGUCGUCAAGUUCAUCGUCGGAACCCGUGUCCCAUGAGCAUCCGUUGGAAGAUAAUCGCGAGCAACAACCGAACAAUGUGAAUGAACCCGAAAAUCAAUUUGUGGCCAUCCGAAAUUUGAUGAACAGAAAUCGAGCGGGGCGGAAUGGCUUCCGAUUAGCCAUACCGAAUCUUCCAUUCGAACGAUCAUUUAUUCCAGCACCCACUCGAUACUAUCCGAUUGUGAUUCCUGCCGAGCCUACGAUAGAAGAUUUGUUGCGCCAGGCAGCUGGAGGUAACGAGCUUCACCGUGUAACCGAUAUCAAGCUCAAAGUGAUUUCGCACAUGACCAGUCUGCAGCGAAUUCCGUUCUUCAUACCAAAUCUGAAGGCUCUCACGUUGGAGGGCAGUAUUGUAACGACGCUGAGGGAUUUGGGUUGUGAUAUGACAUCUCUUGUUUAUCUCAACGUUAGCCGAUGUAGUCUGAAAAACCUGGACGGGACAAGCGGACUGGAGACACUGGAAGAGUUGGUUGCUGAUUAUAACCAGAUCCAGGAGGUUGGUCCCUGUACGAAUUUAGUGAUGGUGAAAAAGAUAAGUUUGAAGGGUAAUCGAAUCACAGAUCUCGGAAGCUGUACCUUCCUAGCUCUGUGUGAGAACCUCGAGGUUUUGGAUUUGCGCGAAAACUUUGUCGCCGAGCAUCCGUCGUUACGGUUGACGUUGAAGGAAAACAUUCCUCAGCUUCGCUGCCUGAACGAGAUUCCAUUCUCCGAAGCGGUUCACGAAGAAAACUCAGAUUUGUCCAGUUUGGAUAAUCGUUCCGGUUCGUCAAGCAACGUAGAAGACGAUCGGCGAGGUCGAUGGGAGUACAGCAACAUAGGGGAUGGAAUGUGGAAUGAACAUUCACUUCGACCGGCCACCAGUCAGCAGGAAAGAGCAGUCACUGUUGAACUGCUGGACAAUGUACGACCUGCAACUGCCGAUGCAACCAAAAUAAAAAAUCAACUGACUUCCGGCGAACCUCUAUGCGGUAGUGUGGUUGUAAAGGCUCGUCGUACACGGCGACAGCGGACCGCUUGGGGAGAGUCAACCUCAUGCUCAAGCAUGAGUAGCUCUGAUUCUUCCUAUUCAAGGGAGUUUCCCGAUCGGUUGCCGCAGAAAAAUGUCGACCUUGAGCUGGGGGUAAUUGGCAUGCAGGAUAAGGACGAAAAGGCUACAGACGAUCGUGGAGAUGAUUCACAAAGCUUGCUUCAAGCCGCCCGUUUGUGGCGUCAAAGAUCUCUUCAAACGCGAGAGUCGAUUCGGGAACAAGAUCAGCUUACACGUCAUAUGAGCGAAGGUUAGAGUAGGUUCAUGUGAUGAAAAGUAUAAAGUUGUUGAUACGAUUUGUACAGAUUUAUCUCUCAUUAAUAAA